AUGAAAAUCCUCAUCAUAAUCGCUUAUCUUGCCCCCGUAUUCCUGUCAAUCACAGGGCUGAUAUUGUCAACCCUAUGCCUCCAUUCCGGCAAUGCGCCCGGGGUCAUGGAGGACUUCGCCCUGGCUAGGCUAGAUGUGACCAUGCUCGGUCAGAAUUUAACAGUCAUAGAGGAUGGCCCUGGCCUCCCAACCUCACCACGUCCUCAACCUAACCCCAACCGGCCGAGGCCUGGAGAUGACGGUGACGAGAGCCUUAUUUCAGCCAUUAUCAAGUUAAUUAUCGGCUUCUUGAACGAUUUAUCUGGAAUUUAUAAUGGGUCAUCAACCGAUUCUAACGCCGAUGUUGGCCUUUCGGAUUGGUACUCCAUCCAUGUGAUGACGGCUUGCAGAGGAGAGUUCUUCGACUCCACGCUCCCAAGCAAAACUGACCUCAACACAACAAACUGCACUCGCGCGAAACUAGGAUUUCGUUUCAAUCUGACGGAGCUCAUGGCCGAAGAUCUCAAAAAGUCCGGGAUCAAUGUUGACUUGGGGAACUACACCGAGGCUGAUCAGUUAGAAAAAAAGCUUGACAUUCUCAACAAGGUCUUAACUGCCUUGGCAGCAUUCUACAUAAUAUCCAUGGUGUUUUGCGCCCUCGCCCUCGUGUCUUCGUCAAUCUCCCUAUUCAGCGAUAAUCACACCGUCAGCCGUCUCGGCUUGCUCUCAGUCCUGCUCGCAACAUUGUCACUCUUCGUAGCAAGUGGCAUAGCAACAGCGGCUGCGAAACAAAGCGCUGAUGAAGUCACUAAGCUAGGGAGGGAAGUUGGAAUUGAAAGCUACCGUGGCUAUAAAUUCCUCGGGCUCACGUGGGGAGCUGCGGUCGCCAUGUUUGUCGACAUUUUUUUUGAGAUUGCACAAGUUCGACGGACGCGAGAAGAGUUGAAGUCUACCAAAGAGCCUGCCGGCGAGGAGUCUGCUGAGGAGCCUUGA